AAGAAAUCAUUCUAUGUAAAAGCAAGCUGCCCCAAAAAAAAAAUUUAUUUCCAAUCGAGAUUGUAGCUAAUCAAACCCUAGUGCUUUCAAGAAACUUCAACACUGAGAGUUCUCAAUAUACUUGUGGAUACACAAAUUUAAUUCACGGACCUUAACUCUAUCAACGAGUUAUAAUUAUAACAUUUAUUUAUUUACCUGAAACAAUUCUUACAAGCAGUAUUUAAGUUAUGGAAUUCUUUUCAACGAGCUCGACUAAACAUAAUAAUAAAAAAAAGUAUUUUCUGCGUCAGCGGGAAGAUCUUCUCUACAUGAUUCGAGCGUUUUUACGGCAAGAAAAUUUAUUAGAAACAUCAAGAUCAUUGGAAAAAGAAGCUGGACUUUCCGUGAAUAUUGAAAUAUGUGACAAUAUUGAUCUUGGAAUCAUUUUUGCGUUUUACUUGCAUUCUUUUCUUGCCAAUUAUAAUAAAUUACCAAAAAUUUGUAAAACGAUUGAGGCACCAAUUUCAGUUGACUGUCAAAAAUAUUUCAGGAACAAAAAUGGAAAUUUUGUUAAAUCAUAUAGUGAACCUGAUUCUAAAACAAAACCUUCGAUAAUCAAUGAGUUGAGCAUGAUUGAAAAUGAAAAGAUUACUGGAUUACUAAAUGUAAUACAAUUAUCAAAUGAUGCAACUAAAAUACCAUCAACUAAAAGGCCGGAAUAUCAUAUUCUUCUGGGGAAAAAAAAAGUCCGUUCGAUUGAUAAGUUAUAUCCCGCUUGUUCAGAAUUUCACGAAAUCGCUCAGACUAUAAUGAAAGAUAUUGUGUUAACCAACUUAAAAGUCAACUGGAGUGAUAUUUGGGGAUUAGAGCACUGUAAAGAUAUUCUAAUGGAGGCAAUUAUUUAUCCUUUCAAAUAUCCAGAGUUGUUCUGUGACAAAUUUCCAUCAUGGCAAGGAAUCCUACUGUAUGGACCACCAGGGACAGGAAAAACUAUGCUUGCAAAAGCUGUAGCAACUGAGUGUGAUUGGACGUUUUUCAACAUUACAGCCAGUUCUUUAGUUAGCAAAUGGCGAGGCGAUUCUGAGAAAUACAUUCGAAUUCUAUUUGAAGUUGCUAGCUAUCAAGCACCUUCAGUAAUUUUUAUUGAUGAAAUCGAUUGGAUAUCAGGAGACAAUGACCGUGAUGGAAAAUCAUCAGAACCGGCUCGACGAUUUAGAGCUGAGUUUUUAACACGACUUGAUGGUCUUGUAUCAGCAACGAAAGAUAAAAUUUUAUUAUUAGCUACAACUAACGCGCCUUGGAAUUUAGAUAACGCCCUGCUUAGACGAUUAGAAAAACAUAUUUUUGUGGACAUUCCAGACGAACAAACUCGACGAAAGAUAUUAAAAUAUUAUACCUCACCAAAUCUCCAUGGUCUCAAACAGUUCGAUGAAAUUGUUGCCAGAACUAAAUUUUAUUCUGGUUCAGAUUUGAAGAGACUUUGUAAAGAAGCAUGGAUGACUCAAUCAAGAAUGUUUAUUAAAUUAUGUGAAAGAGAGGAACGAAAAUCUAUUCAGACACCUCAAUUUAUCGAUAACAUCGAGACACUCCAAGAAGCAGAAAUGAACAUGCAACUGAAUACGAAAAAUCUUUCGGAAAAAUAUAAAAAGUGGAAAAAUAUGAAUAAAUAAUGC